UCCUUCCUCCUUUUUUACGUCCCUGAGCGAGGCCGGCGUCAAGAUGAAUGACACAGUAACAGUCAGGACCCGCAAGUUCAUGACAAACCGGCUGCUUCAGAGGAAGCAAAUGGUUGUCGAUGUCCUCCAUCCUGGAAAGGCCACAGUCCCCAAGACUGAAAUCAGGGAGAAGCUUGCCAAGAUGUACAAGACCACCCCUGACGUGGUGUUCGUCUUUGGCUUCAGGACUCAGUUCGGUGGUGGAAAGACAACAGGCUUUGCCAUGGUCUACGACUCUUUAGACUAUGCCAAGAAGAAUGAGCCCAAACACAGACUUGCCAGGCACGGACUGUACGAGAAAAAGAAGACCUCAAGAAAACAGCGCAAAGAACGCAAGAACAGAAUGAAGAAAGUACGAGGUAUCAAGAAGGCCAGUGUUGGCGCUGCUGGCAAGAAGUGAGCCUGUGCAACCCGGCUGGUCUCCGUGCUCAAGAUGUUCUUGUAUAUUGUCAACAAAUAAAAUUUUGGGGAAAAAAAAC